UUAAGGGCGGGGCUAAUUUUAGAUCUCGAGAAUAGAGAGCGACCAUUUUAUUUGCUUUAUCUUUUCAAAUCUACUCACUGGAGUACUCCUCCCGUCUUUAUUAGGAACUGGUAGUUUAUUAGCUCAGAAAAUUGUCAAGUUUGAGGACCUUUCACACUUUAAACUGGUUCAAGGUAUCCACCAUGUCUUCAGGUGGUGGUACCCCAUACAUUGGUAGUAAGAUCAGUUUAAUCUCAAAGGCUGAGAUAAGAUAUGAAGGUGUUCUUUAUGAUGUGAACACUAAAGAAUCCACAGUAACGCUAUCUAAAGUCAGAUCUCAUGGUACUGAAGGACGACCAGCUACUAAGCCGAUCCAGCCCCGGAGUGAGGUCUACGAGUACAUUAUAUUUCGUGGUAGUGACAUUAAGGACCUCAGCGUUAAUGAAGUGGCUAAACCAUCAAUAGAGGAGCAACAGGAUCCAGCCAUACUCUCUACUCAUUCAACUCCGCCUGUUUCUCAAGCCCCUCCCCCUCCAGUAUCUCAACCUCCACCUCCUGCUCCUCCCACCUCUCAACCUCCUUUAGCUCCACCCACAACUCAAGCCCUGCCCCUAGCCCCACCCACCAGCGUCCCAUCAACUCAACCACCAGCAUCAAGUGUAUUACACAAUCCACCAGGUCUACCCUUACAGCCCCCGCCCCCUCACUCCAUACCUCCAAUAUUCAACACUCCUUAUUCUCUGGGUGGGUUGGGCUCUGGUUCUUCUUAUAAUCCGUUUGGUUUACCGUAUUUCGGACGUCCUCCUUUACUGCUCAGUCAGCAGACUGGAGGUGGGCUCCUGGGUGGCCCUGCAACCUCAAAAGGUAUUGCUGUUCCUCAGCGUAUCAGUUCAUCAGUCUCCUCAUCUCAGACCACGCCCCCUCACUCUGAAGGUGUGUCCAGUAUUAUAGCCUCAUCCUCAUCUCCUGUCGGAGGGAAGGCGGGGACUAAUGUUGAGACCACACCCCCUACUAUACCAUCAGUCAGUAGCAUUGAUACUUCAACUCCUAGUUCAACCAUCUCUCCAUUACAGUAUUCAGUAUCAGCAGUGGAUUCCUCCAGUAGUCGUCCGUCAGUUAAUGAUACUAGUGCUCCAGUCCCACCCCAUGAGGUCACUAGCACUACCAAUGACUCAUCACGGGAUAAUGAGGAGACUGAGGAACCAGCUGCUGGGAAUAAGAACCCAACCAGUCAACAGACUGGAGGAGGAGGAGGAGGAGGGCAAAGGAAGAAACAAUCAGGAAAUAGAGAAAGAGGAACUGGUGCCCCCAGAGGUGGUGGUGGUUCCAAUCGUCAGUCUCGCCCUCACUCCGGUGGCCAGCGACCACCUUCAGACUCCGCCCCUCCUAAUGGCGUCGUUGCUAAGCAACCACUUCGAUACGACAGCGACUUUGACUUUGACAUAGCGAACGCUCUCUUCUCCAAAGAAUCACUUGAAAAGGAAAUAAAAGAGAAAUUAAAGAUAACUACAGAGAUUGCUCCAACUGGAGAGGAGACUGUGGAUCAGACGUCAAGAGGGGCGGGGCCAGGUGAUGAGGUGGGUGUGGUCAGUGAGAGGGCGGGGCAGGAGGAGGAGCCAGUUGGUUCAUACAAUAAGGAGGUGUCGUUCUUUGAUAAUAUCUCGUGUGAAGCUAACAGCUCAUCAAAGAGGUACGACAGAAAUGCUGAGCGUGCGUUAAACACGGAAACAUUCGGAAUAACGUCAAGAGGUCCUCCACGAGGUAGAGGAAGAGGAGGGAGGGGCCAAAGGGGGCGUGGCUACUCUAGAGGAGGGCGUGGUGGUUAUGACCGAUCUUAUCGCUAUGACGAUAGCUAUGGUUACGACGGACGCCAAAGGGACGGUGGUUAUGGCGACCAUAGUCAAGGGUACGGUGGUAGGCCUCAAAGGGGGCGUGGUCGAAACGAUUACCAUGGUGACAACUAUCGGAGUCGGAAUAACUACUACGACAACUAUCACGGGCAGAACAGUUACCAAGGCGAAGGUUACCGUGGUCGCAGCGAUCGCCGCGGCAACAACUAUCGUCGAUCUGAUUAUUCAAGAAACAGGGAUGAUUAGUACGAAAGCAGCUUGGUCUGCUGUCAUGAUAAUUAUGAGAAACUUUUGAUUCGUUAUGUCUCGAUUGUUUCAUCGCAAACCUCUCUCUCUCUCUCUCUUUGAUGUUGACGCUUUUUCUUUUUAAAUUUUGUCGAACGAAGGAACUUAAAAUAUAAGAGUAAAAACUUAUUACGAUUAAAAUAUCAACAGCUACUGAAAAUAGUAUGUAUUAUCAAUCAAAUAUAAUUGUAAAAAUAAAAUAUAAUAUUAUGAACGAAACUUAACAUUUUUUGAAUGAGACAACCACUUGAUGAAGAUGUGCAUGUACAUUUAGUUUGUUGUGGUUCCUCUAAAUUUGAUUUAUGCAAUUUUAUACAUUAUUCACUUUUCUUUUGCUCUCUCAAUCUUUGUUACUAAUCUAAUAAACUACUAAUAUAUCCUUUUCUAUUUAUAUGAUGAUACCAUCACUUCUCUCUCUCUCUCUCUUUGUUGUUAUUAUAAUUAAUAAUUAUUGUUGAUAUCUUUUAAGAAAAAUCAUAAAUUAAUUCUAAAAAA